AUGGAACAAAAUUGGGAACCAGUUUCUUUAAGACAUACUAGAACUCCAAAAAAUAAGGAGCUUGCUUUAGAUGGAGCUGUGAGAGAAUCGUUGCUGUCAGAAUCAACCUCGGGUAUCUGUAAAGGUGAGGAGGAUGAUACUACCAGCGAAGGUACAGCUUCCUUUUCCAGUGCCGACAUAGAAAUUAGUCAAAGAGAUCGCCUUAUGACAGUGUGUACCAAUAAGCUGGAAAUAAAACCUAAGCCCGAAAUAAAUGAUACAGCAAAGAAAAAUGUUCAAGUGACAAUCACAGAGAAUCCAGCUGAUAUCGAAAAGUGUGAUGAUGAAAACGAGAAAGGUGGAAUAGGAAUACCUGAUGGUGGAUGGGGAUGGGUUGUAGUCAUAUCUUCUUUCAUAAUAUCCAUGAUUGCUGAUGGGAUUAGUUUCUCGUUUGGUUUACUGUAUAUCGAAUUUUUAGAAGAGUUUCAAGCCAGUAAGUCUACGACAGCUUGGAUCGGCAGUCUUUUCAUUGCUGUACCUCUGUUGUCUGGACCAGUUAUGAGUGCUUUGGUUGACAGAUACGGAUGUCGCAGUAUGACUAUUCUCGGCGGUAUUAUUUCGACUUUGGGAUUUGUUUUGGCAUCGAUUUCUACUACCAUAGAAAUGAUGAUGAUAACUUUUGGCGUUAUCGCUGGCGUCGGCCUUGGCUUAGUAUACGUUACAGCAGUUGUAGCUAUAGCAUAUUGGUUUGAAAAGAAACGAAAUUUGGCACUUGGUUUAGGGGCGUGCGGUACAGGGGUCGGCACCUUCAUUUACGCGCCCUUGACCCAGUAUUUGAUUGAAGAAUAUGGCUGGAGAGGAACAAUUCUCUUGUUGUCUGGAACACUCUUAAACCUGUGCGUUUGUGGAUGUGUUAUGCGAGAUCCAGAAUGGUGGACCUUGGAGCAAGAAAGACAAAAGAACGACAGUGAUGAGGGUAAACUAAAAAGGACGACGGCUAAAGAUGAUGACAAGUCUGCUAGUUCAGCUUCAAUUUCUAAUCCUUGCGUAGUUGAUUUUGAUGCUCUAACUCGAGGAAAAAGUAUGGGAGGUUUGAUAAGAAGUGGCGUUUCUCCGGAGAAGGUAUCUAUGUCGACUUUAGAUAAUCUUGUGAAAGAAACAAGCAAACAGUUUGCAAUAUCAAUUAAGUAUCCUUCAUUUGCCAUAAACCAUACCAAAACAUGUGUACCAAAAGAACCAAGUGUUGAAAGCAACGAUCCACCUGUAGUCAAAUAUUUAAAGAAUGCUGUUCAAAGAACCAAUUCCGAAAGAUAUGAGAAUAAAGAAAAGACUACAGACAAGUAUGAGCUAAAGACUCCCCAAAAUAUAAUAAACGAUUAUAAAUCAGACGACAAAGACGAUAAAGGAGCGAUAAAAAAUGAUACUAAGGUGAACAAAAGAGAUUGGUUGAAGAAGCAGUUAUCGGUGAAUCAUCACUAUUUGAAAGACCUAAAGAUGCCUUUAAACUCUAUAAGUCAUAGAAAUGCUAUGUUAAACAUAAAAAGAUAUAGAUUGAAAGCUUCGUCCUGCCCAGAUAUUUUUAAGAAUUCAAUGAUCACUAUUGAUGACAAGGAAGAGAAUUGGUACGACGACUGCGUAAGCUGCCUCUCUGAUAUGUUCAACGUCUCCUUAUUUACAAAAAUGACUUUCAACUUCCUCUGUAUGGGCACCAUUAUUCUCUUCGUCUGGUUCAUUGUGCCGUACUUCUAUCUCGCUGAAUACAUGGUGGAGAAGGGUUACAGUGAGGAUGAUGGGGCUGUUAUCCUCAGCUUGAUUGGAAUUACCAACACUAUUGGGAUGGUCGGACUCGGUUGGAUCGGAGACUUACCGAACGUUUCGAUCGGUGGACUCUACGCUAUCUGUUUGGUUAUGUCAGGAGCUUCCGUAGCAGCCAUACCACCAGCUGCUGCGACCAAUUAUUGGCUUUUAGCCUCUGCUGCUGCUGCAUUUGGGUUGUUUUUCGCAGCAUCAUACACUUUUACACCAAGUCUACUAGUCAAAUUGGUGUCGUUAGAUGAUUUUACAUCGGCAUACGGAUUGGUGCUGCUCGCUCAAGGGAUCGGACACUUGAUCGGACCUCCAUUAUCUGGGUUUAUCUAUGAUGUGACGUAUUCGUGGGAGCUUUCGUUUUAUCUGGCUGGCGGUUGGAUCAUCAUCUCCGGGGCACUGAUAUCACUCAUACAGCCUAUCAGAGCUUAUCAGAAGAGGCGUGAAGCUGAAAAUACCAAUAUACCUUAA